AUGGAGCCCCACGAUAGUGACACCGGCCAGCCGCCGCCGCCGCCCCAGCUGCCACCGUCUCAGCAGCAGCGGCACGAGGAGCAGCAACAGCCGCAACAGCCGCUACCGCAGCAGAAGCCGCCGCAACCACCACAGCAGCAACCGCAACAGCAACAUGCGCGCGCUUCGAGCCCCUCGCCCACCGUCGCGACCGUCGAGGCCCCGACCAUCGAGGUGGCCAGCCAGCCAGGCGAAGAGGACGAGUUCGACCUCACCGACGAUCCCUUCAACGAUGGGUCCACGAGCGUCACCUCGAGCGUCUACGCCUGCACGUACGAGCGCGGCCGCCGCUAUCAGUGCUUCAAGAACGGCCGCUACCCGAUCCCCAACGACGACCAGGAGCAGGAUCGCGAGGACAUGAAGCAUGCCAUGCUCAUGGAGUUGACUGACGGCACGCUAUUCUUUUCUCCCGUAGGCGACAACCCGCAGUCGAUUCUGGACAUUGGCACGGGGACGGGCAUCUGGGCGAUUGAAGUCGGAGACAAAUAUCCCAGCGCGCGGGUCUGCGGCAUCGACUUGACCCCGAUACAGCCGCUAUGGGUCCCGCCCAACGUCGAGUUCCUCGUCGACGACUGCGAGCAGGACUGGCUGGUGCGAAAUGUCGACCUCGUCCACUUUCGCUUCAUGGCCGUGAUUCUCAAGGAUAUCAGCAUCGUUAUGGAACAUGCGUACGAAUGCCUGCGGCCCGGCGGCUGGAUCGAGUUCCAAGAGCUCAUGGGUGUGCCCAGCUGCGACGACGGCACCAUGCCCGAGGACGACCCCUUCGUGCGCCUGUACGCCACGGCCGGCAAGGCGUGGGCCAAGCUCGGGCUCAGCACCACCAUCGCGGCGCGCCUCGAGCCGUACCUGCGCGACGCGGGCUUCACCAACGUGCACUGCAAGGUGCUCAAGGUGCCCAUUGGCGUCUGGGCCAAGGACAAGACCAUGCGCCUCAUCGGCCUCUACCAGAAGCGCGCCGUCGACGAGUUCAUAUCCACGUUUGCCGGCAGGCCCUUUGAGGCGCUCGGUCUAGACCCCACCGCCGUCCAGAUUGACCUCGCCCUAGCGCGGCAGUCCAUCGAUGACAUCUCCGUGCAUAGGUACUUUCCUUAUUACUUCUGGUAUGCUCAGAAACCGGCGAGUCCUGCCGACUACGGCACGUAG